GUUCGUGCACGCAGAGAUGGCUGAUAAGGUGGCGGUCCUUGUCGAACAACUGAGCCAACAAAAUCCUUUUAAUGGCACUGAAGGCUUAGCAGACCCGCCGCGGCCGAGCGCGGCUGCCAUCCCUCGCGAUCGGCCCUCAUUAGAGCAGAUACCGUACAUUCAGCAGCAGAUCAACAUCCUUACCUACAACCACCUUCCUCGCACUUUCUUCUCCCUGGAGAAGCAUCGGUCGCUGCAGAGCAUUUUGAUGACGGCGAAGGAGGCACUCGCAGAGGCGCUGCCGAUCCGCUGCCUGGAGGCAACAUUUUUAGCUCUGCACUUCACCCAGUGCCUCCGCGACAUCGACCGCAUUCCGCUCUCUUUCAAGUCAGAAGCGAACGGCAACACCUACCGCCACAUUGUGCUCGUUUUACGCACCCGCUCUACGCCCUCGCUGUACGGUGCCCUGGGCCUGAGCCGCAAAAGCACUCUCAUGUACAAGCCCGUAACCUUCCACUCCCUCUUUGAUCUCGUGAUGAACUACAGACACGAGUACGAGGUGCUGGGCCACGAGCUGGCGGACAUCAAACUUGGCAUCGCCAUCACGCACGACGAGCACAGCCGAUGGAAUCCGUGCUGGCGGUUCAUUGCACUGAAGCUGAGCCGCUACUGCGGAAACGCCAAUGGUGCUGGCGCCGCAGUGGCAGAAGCGCACGAGGCCGCACCGUCCAGCAGCGCACACCGCGAGUACGCUUCACCCGGCUCCCCGCUGACCCGCAAGAGCGGUGGACACGGCGGUGAACCGUUUUCUCGCACGCCUAACGGCAGCGGCACAGGAUCGGCGUCGUCUCCCUUGAAGCUCCGCUCUCCGCCUCAAGGUGAACUUCACACUCCUUUCACGCGCGGAGAGGGCCAUCUGGAGCGGUCGCACAACGGUGUGCUGUGCGACACGCAGAGCAGCAGCCCGCCCCAUCACCCGUGUUGUACGCCAUCGCUCGGGGCCUCCACGUCUGCGCCUUCCCCGAGCGUCCCCUACUCCUCCAUCGCCGCCGCCGCCACAGGUGCUGCGUCGCGCGUGCCGGACCCGUCACUGGAGAAGUACACACCGCUGGCCAGCUUGCUGUCCAACUACACCCGACUCCUCCCCACCAUUUGCGAGCAGUACUACAAAACCGUCGGCACCAUCGAGUCCGCGAGCCGCGCGACGAAGCUGUGCUACAUGGACCUCGAUACGGCGGAGAAGGACGCCGGCAUUGAGAACCAGCGCCGGCUGCAGUGCAUUGCAGAGAUGCAGUCUCCCCUCAGCCCGGAGGCGCGGCGGGUGGCCGCCAACCGGCAGCUGCGCUCCGCAAAGAAGGAGCACACAAGCUCGAAGAAGCCGGCCGCCAACCGGGGCGGCAGUGGUGACGUCAGCAGCGCCAAGCAGCGAGAGCUCAGCAGCAACGACGGCCGUCCCGCAAAGCGCCGAUCGCCCGCGUCGCCUGGCCUCUCCAGCGGUGACCCCAAGAAGAACGCAGUGCCCGCUGCGACCGCUGCGUCGCCUACGCCUCGGCAGAAUCGCUCGCCGCGCACACGUCCUGCGCCGGCCGCUCCGAGAGCGACUACCACUACGACGUCCAAUCACACCGGCGUUAUGGCAGCACCGCCUCCAUUGCCGAUGACGUCGUUUGCAGCGGUUCCUGUUCCGUCAACCACCACGACGCUGGCGGCCGCAUUGGCGGAGUCCGGUCACAGCCUGCGCAAUCCGCUCGCCUUUGAAGGAACGACGGUGGAUGCGCACAGCAUCUGCAGCUCCAUCUCGGCGGAUCAGGCGAGCACGGAGGGCUACGCGACGCCGCUGGAUGGCCGCCACAGCACGGAGGAGGAUGAGGAGGAGCCCGGCGCUCCCCCGCUCACUCCACGCAACUACGAUGCCACAAAACCGACGACGCCGUACGACGCCUUCCUCCGCACCCCGUCGUCGUCGAGUGAUCUUUUUUCGAGCCCGGCGCCGUUGAACAACACGAUAUCGGCACCGCUCGAGCUCUCGCCGUGA